AUGUCAAGUGCUGAAAAACGCUGCAAAACAUGCGGAAGAACCCUGAUUAAGUUGUCUAGCUCACAAUAUGAAAUAUGUCCCGUGUGUGAGACAGUCAACCUUUUUAACAAAAAGCUUAAGGGCCGUGUUCUCAACCGAAUUGAACAAAUUGCCAAUGUAGUAAGAAGUCCAUAUCAAGAAGAUUUUAAAGGACUUCCCUCUCAAACAUCAUCACCAUGGUUAUCACGUUUUCCCCAAAUCCGUACCAAUCAGUUAACACCAACACUUCCGGUGCAAAAAAGGAAGAAGGCUGUUUUAUGUGGUGUGACCUACAAUGGCCAUAGAAAGAAACUUGAAGCCAGUGUUCAUAAUGUGAGGAGCAUGCAGCAAUUACUUGUGAACAAACUGGGCUUUCAAAAUGAUUCAAUCCGCAUCCUUACAGAAGAGGAAUCAGACCGCUCCAGGAUUCCAACAAAACGUAACAUGCAAGAGGCAUUACGUUGGCUAGUCCAAGGUUGUCAAUCUGGGGACUCGCUGAUGUUCUACUAUGCAGGACAUGCAUGCCAAAUUCCUGAUGAAGAUGGAGAUGAGAUAGAUGGGUAUGAUGAAGCGUUGUGCCCUCUUGACUAUAGAGUGGCUGGAGUGAUACUUGAUGACGAAAUCAAUGCCACCAUUGUAGCACCACUGCCUUAUGGAGUAACACUUCAUAGUGUUAUUGACACUUGCUUCAGUGGAACUGUGCUAGAUCUACCCUUUCUUUGCCAGAUCAACCAGGAUGGACUAUAUAUGUGGGAAGAGCACCAACUUACAAAUAAAGGGACUCGUGGUGGCAAAGCACUGUGUAUUAGUGCCUGUGCAGAUAACCAGAACUCAGCCGAUACAUCGGCGUUCACUGGCAAUGCUAUAGGUGCAUUGACUUUUAGCUUCAUUCAAGCUAUUGAAACCGAAAGCAAAUUGACAUAUGGAAGGUUACUUACCUUCAUGCGCAAAAAAGUCCAUCAUGCUCAACAAGUGGUAGGCCGGUCUGUACCAUUUGCAUCUUCUAUGUCUCAGGAGCCUCAACUAUCAUGUUCAACAAGAUUUGAGAUUUACUCGGAGCUUGUUAAGUUGUAA